AUGUCUACUCAAUCAGGUAUAACAACGUCCAAGGAGCUAUUAAGUGAUUUCAAAAAUGAAAAAAAUGAUAAAAUAAUAGUAAUAAAAAUAUCCCAAGAUUCAACACAAUUAAUCCCAGAUAAUUCAUUUACCAGUGAAUCAUCAUCAAUUUCAUCAUUAAAUACUUUCCUAUCAAAAGAAUAUCCUCAACCAAGUUAUAUAAUAAUACCACAAGACAGCUAUGAAAUUUUUAUAUCAUUUAUACCAGAUUCAGCACCAAUAAAGCAAAAAAUGCUUUAUGCAUCAACUAAAAAUACAUUAAUUACUGAAUUAGGAUCAAAUAAUUUUCAAUAUAAAUUUUCAUUUACUGAACUUGAUGAAAUUACUGAACCUUACAUAAAUAAAUGUGUUAAAGAUGAACAAAAUUCAAAUUCUCAUAAGCUCGAAGCUCAAACUAAUGAUGAAAAUUUGAUAAAUAAUUUAAAUAAUCAACUGAAUUAUGGAUAUAAAAGAGAAUUAGUAAGUAUGUCCCAAAACAAAGAUAAUAACAAUGAUAAUAUAUUAUAUAAAUUUGAUGAUGAAUUAAUUAAAGAGUUUAAGAAUCUAGCUGAAUCUAGUAAUAAUGAUUUAAUUAUAUUUAAUAUAGAUAUAAAAAAUGAAAUUAUUAAAUUAUUAAAAAAAUCAAGUGGUGUUAAAUUAAAUAAUUUAAUUUCAGAAUUUAAUAAUUUAGAAAAUGGUCCAAAAUAUGCUUUAUAUAAUUAUUCACCUAAAGGGAGUUAUGCAUUUAUAUAUACUUGUCCACUGGGUUCAUCAGUUAAAGAUAGAAUGAUUUAUGCAGCUUCAAAAAAUAGUUUAAUUAGUCUAUUAAAAUCACAAUAUUUUAAAUCCACCACCAAGAUAGAUAAGAAUUUAGAAGUUGGAGAUUUAGAUGAAUUAGAAUUGAGUGAAUUAGAAGAAGAUAAAAAGGAAUCACUGAAUGAAAUAACUCCUUCUUCUUCAUCAUCAUCAACUUCUACAAAUACUACAAAUAAUGGUGGAUUAAAAUUUAAUAAACCUAAAGGUCCUCGUCGUAGAUAG